ACUUUGGCUGUAAAGAUGCGUCCUGGAGCGCUCGCUGUGUUGCUGACUUUAUUCAGCCUCACUGAGAGCAAAGAGAAAGUUUAUACUUUUAAACUGGUGAACAGCAGGGGGAAGUUAGUAUCCCUGGAAAAGUACCGGGGUUCGGUGUCCCUGGUGGUGAACGUAGCCAGUGAAUGUGGCUUCACUGAAGAACACUACAAAGACCUGCAGCAGCUCCAGCGGGACUUUGGGCCAUAUCACUUCAAUGUGCUGGCCUUCCCCUGCAACCAGUUUGGGCAGCAGGAGCCCGGCAGCGACAAGGAGAUUGACAGCUUUGUGCGCAGAGUCUAUGGAGUCUCCUUCCCCCUGUUCAGCAAAAUCGCUGUCGUAGGGACCGGAGCCAACAAUGUCUACAAGUACCUUGUUGAGUCUUCUGGAAAGGAGCCCGACUGGAAUUUUUGGAAGUACCUCAUUGAUGUAAACGGCAAAGUGGUGGAUGCAUGGGGACCAAAAAUUUCUGUCAAAGAAAUCCGACCCAAAAUAGCUGAAAUGGUGCGGCAGAUAAUCCUAAAGAAGAAAGAGGAGCUUUAACCUCCUGUUAAAGGACCCUUCAAUGUUACAUUUAAAUUCAUUGAUACAUGAACUAAAGAGGUAAACUGAACACAUUUAUUUUUGCUUGUACAAUCAGACUUUGUUUGAAUAAACCAUUCAAAUUCAAGUCACAUAGCGAAAGCAAGUUUGACUUGCUUUCUGACAGCACUGAUGAAUCACCACUAUGCUUUUAAAUUCAAUGUUGAGUUUCUUUCGGGUGGGUGACAUUUGAAGCUGCAGCUUUACGCCAAAGAGCUCCUGUUUUCCUGUUUGUAAGUCUUGUGGAUUAUGUGUUUGGAUUUUUAGUUUUUUAGUCACUCUGAUUUGUGGAAUAAACUUUUACUGUUUUGAGAGAGA